AUGGAUGAUUUUACUUCGGCAUUUCUUUCAAGAGGAAGGGAUGAGUUGAAAGACGUCGAAGAGGAUAUCUCAUACACACCAUUUGGUGUUGAUUCGGCAAAGACAAUGCAAUCAAAUACAUCAACUUCUCAGCAGUUUCAAAGUAUCGAUACUGAACCAGAAUCCGUGACAAGAUGGCGACAGGAGUAUAGUACCAAUAUCGAAAAGAAGGAUGGAAAUGAGGCAAAAAGGGUAAAAGCAAUGAAGGAAAAUGCCGAAAAGGAAUUAGUGGAUUGGCAAGCAUGGUACAAGAAAAAUCUGGUUAAGGCUCAUCAGGAAAAUUUGGCUCACGAAGAAGAAUUGCAAGCUCAACGUGACAAGACUACGCUUCUCUCUCAAUCAGUUGCCAAUGUCAAUCCUUCUGAUUCCGCAAUUUGGGAGCGAGUUUGUCAACUUUGUGAUCUCACUGUUUCUUCCACCGGCGAUUCAACUUUCUCCUCAAAAUCCUCAUCCCAAUUUAAAGACGUAUCUAGAUUCCGUUCUCUUCUUCUUUCACUUAAGAAUAAUCCCCCCAGAAUUGCCCAUUAG